AGAACUGAUCCUAAUACUGGACUUCCCAUGCUUUCCGAGACGGCCAUUCUGCGUGAUGCCAAGUCUCUGUCUGAGGUAUCAUACCGAGCUGAAAACACUACAAAGACGCGAUAUUUGUACAGAAUUGUAGGGACAAAAGAGCACGCCCACGCCGAAGAUUGGAUGCUUGGGCGCUUACAUCAGUUGAAAGCGGAGUGUGACAGGCUUGGUAAGUUGAGAGGCGGUUUGGAAUGCGAAGUUGUGAGGCAAGUCGGGAGUGGUUCGCAUCGUUUCGACAUGAUGGGUCGACGAGUUGACAAAUUAUACACGAACGUCACGAACCUUAUCUUUCGUUUGUCGAAUGGAACUCCAUCGGGGAAGGAACAUGCCCUUCUUGUGAAUGCGCAUUUGGAUUCCACACUUCCGAGCCCAGGGGCAGCUGAUGAUGCUCUUCCUUCUGCAAUCAUGCUUGAUUGUAUCCGUGUCCUUAUUCAGACGUUGGGCUGGUCGCCGGCAUCCGCAAUAAUCUUUUUAUGGAAUAAUGCUGAGGAGAGUCUUCAAGAUGGUUCACACCUUUUUUCCACACAAGGCGAAAUGGGCGGGACGGCACGGGCUGUUCUCAAUCUUGAAGCUGCGGGAGUUUCGGGCCCCGAAUUGCUCUUCCAGGCCACAUCAGAAGAGAUGAUUGAGGCAUAUUCUCACGUCCCUAGGCCAUACGGCACCGUGUUAGCGAAUGAUAUAUUCAGCAGCGGAAUCAUUCUGUCUGACACCGAUUUCCGGCAAUUCCAAGAGUAUCGCAACCUAACUGGGUUAGAUAUCGCCAUCGUCGGUGGUUCCUAUUUGUACCAUACUCGAAGGGAUAUUGUAGCAAAUAUUCAUCCCGGUGUGACUCAACAUAUGGCUGAGAAUGUCCUAGCACUUCUCAAGUAUCUGUCAUCUCCUGCGUCACCGAUUCCCCGACUCUCAACUUUCAGUCCUCCACAAACAACCUACUUCACUCUCUUUGGCACCUACUUCCUGAGUUGGCCAUUUUCCGUCGCCCAGCAACUUCAUAAUGCCUUGUUGGUGCUCUCACUCGCCCUUGCGUACUCUUCCGCCCCUGUCGGUAUCAGUAUUGUUGAGUAUUUUCACGGAAGUAUUUAUACCUUGGCGGCAAUUCUUGGGGCUGCCACAGGUGCCAACGUUGUGGCUGGAUUUAUGGCCUAUGUGGCGAAGCGAAAGAUGAGUUGGUUUGCAAGAGAGUGGUACGCUGCUGCACUCUACGUAGGCCCAGCGAUGUUCGGUCAGCACAGAAGUGGCUUAUUCCAUCGUUCUGCUGCCUCUGAGGUUGUGUCCUUUACUUCCGUUCAUUUGUUUUUUGUAUCUCUGGCAGUCGGCUUGCAGUAUGCUGGCGUCGGCUCCUCCGCCAUCGGAUUCUUGUGGGGGCUAUCAUCUUUUCUCGCUCUUUGCUACUAUGUGGCGCCAGCGCGGAGGGACUCGGAAGGACUUCCUCUCGUUUCGUAUCUCAUAGCUCAGAUAAUACCUGCUUCCUUGGGUGGAGAAACUGCUGCCGUACUCUUGGAAAUUUUUGUCCCGCUAACGGGACGUACUGGAGAUGAGGCACCCUCGGAGCACAUCGUGGCCUCGAUCGUUGCCAUCAGCGUCUUCCUCGUGGUCCCCCACGCCAUAUCUUUUUCAUGGCGGCUGUCGCGUAGAUUCCUUCGACGGGUUCUCGCAAUACUCGGGGCAAUAUCAAUCCUUAUCAUAAUUGUUUUCGCAACAGGGUGCAUCGCUAUCUUCGACGAGCUUCAUCCUCGCCGAUUGUUUAUUUUGCAUUCAGAAGAUCUCUUGAGCGGUGAACGAUCGUUGCAUGUCAGCGUGGCGGACUCCGCGCCUGGUGUUCUUGGAUUAGUUUCAGAUAUUGCAGACCGUUUCGGCGCAACUGGAAUGCCCGACCCUCGCGCCGUGGCCAUGGACGAAUGGAACGUUGAUUGGGAUGUGCUUUAUCCAUUCAGCCAGUUCCUUACACCGUUCAAGAUUCCACUCCCAACAGCGAGAAGAUCUGCUGGAAGCGAUCAGCACGAUAAUGGAGACGAUGCGAUAGCCACUCUCCGUGUGUUCGCUGAGAUGGACCAAUACGAUGCAUUCAAUGGCAAGCGAGAAUUGCAUUUGGUGAUAGAACAUCCCGGAAUCAUCUGGCCAGUUAUUGCAUUUGACGCCCAUAUCUUAAGCUGGAACUUGAAUUCCACUCCUCCACCGGAUUACGCGCGCCAUCACAUCAAAGAAGCCUCAUUCUAUGGCGUGAACAAAUGGCAAAUAUCGUUUGUCCUGAACGUGACCUCGGGCGGAGUGCACCCACCGCCACUACCCAUACAGUUCCAGGGGAUCCAAGAAAAGGGGAUGUGGCCUGGGAAAAUUCUCGAACGUGAUGCCGCUCGGGGCGCGAUGGACUUAUUUGAGCAAAUUGAUGGUUGGUUGCAACAUAGAGAUGAUGGGGUCGUGUACGAUGCCAUGAUGCUGGGUUGCAUUACGGGAGCUGUAGAGAUCUGA